GGCAUCAUAGGGAUAUUGUACAUGUUCGGAUUCGAUUGCAAAGCCACGAUAACGUGGAGAGGUGUCUGCAAAGGUGGCUUCAACCGGUUGAAGAAGAGAAGUGAGGUUAGGGGGGUGGUAGUCGAGAAGAUAUCACCAGCUGAGCUGAUGGAUCCGUGAUAUCUGACUGGUUGACCCCGUCCCCUAUCCCAUCGUCCUAACACCUUCACCACCACUUUCACUUGCCCGCGAUGGCCCCUGCUUAUAUUGUUACGCAUAAAAAGGCCCGUUUGCGAGGCGCCUACGAUUUUCUGACGACUCAGGGGAUCCCUUUUACCUGCAAGAAGCUAUCUCAGCAUUUUGGCGUCUCAGGCAGGAAGAUAAUAAACGCCUGGCCCUCGUUGUUAAAUACGUUGAUGAAGACCUUGUUGCUAACAAGCGUUAUGGGCAUGCAACUAUUGAUUCCAAAGAACGACCUAAGCCUAAGAAGUGGUACAAACUUCUUUUCUCUAAUAAGACGCAUUUUGGCUACGUCGACGAGGCCCCUGCCCAUAUCGCUAGAAGGGAGGGCACCCGUUAUGAGCCAGAGAACCGACAAGAGCGCCGCGAGCCUGAAGAAGGCGAUAAGAAAAGGCUACACUGCUAGGCUGCAAUUUGACACGAAUAUGAGCCACCAGAUUUAUCUUGACGCUAUUCUUGGGCCUUAUGUGAAGGAAUGGCCAGAAGAAGGCAAAACCUGUGUCUUGGAGGAGGAUAACGACAGCGGCCAUGGCCCAAGCCAUCCGGACCUUUCACCUAUUGAGAAGGCCUGGAUAGUACCAAAGCAGUACAUUGCUCAAAAUUCCUCGCUUCACAAUGGACCCAUCAGCAUCAGAUCGGCAGGGCACAAUCACACUUGUUAAGGCAUGAAAGAUACCAUCCAUCACCAUGUACCUGAACACUGAUCAUAUCCAAUCUAUCUUCCGUGCCCAUCCGAUGAUGAAACUUCGUGCUUCAGUUCCGCAACGCUUCCAGGCCAUUAGUGCGUCUGCAAGACGCCACCAUUGAUAACCAGGUCCG